GGAGGUGAUGUCAGCGCGUCAGGGCUGAGGGGGGCGGCCGCGGGGGAGCCCUCCCGGAGUGCCGAGCCGCCGGCCGGGCCCACGUCAGAUGCGGCGGCGCGGAGAUAUAUAGGAGGCUGCCGGGGCCAUGGCUGUCGGCACUCGGAGCUUGGGAGGGAGCGGGAGCGGGAGCUGGGACCGAGGCGGGGGCGCAGCAGACGGGAGUGGCCGGCGGCAAGUUCCGCCGCCGCUCCGAGGUCCGAUCGCGCCGGUGCCGCCGCGAGCCAGCGGGCGAAGACCGCGGGCUAUCCCGGCGGCGGCCCCGGAGGCAGCCCCGCCAGUCCCGGCCGCAGCGGCCCCGAGCGGGAGGGCAGCCCCGACGGCCGAAGCCAUGCUGGUCGCCAGCCUGGCGGCGCUGGCCCUGGCCCUGCGCCUGACCCGAGCCGUGCGCGGGGCGCCCUGCGAGCCCGUGCGCAUCCCCAUGUGCCGGGCCAUGCCCUGGAACCUGACCCGCAUGCCCAACCACCUGCACCACAGCACCCAGGAGAACGCCGUGCUGGCCAUCGAGCAGUACGAGGAGCUGGUGGACGCCAACUGCAGCUCGGUGCUGCGCUUCUUCCUGUGCGCCAUGUACGCGCCCAUCUGCGCCCUGGAGUUCCUGCACGACCCCAUCCGGCCCUGCAAGGCCCUGUGCCAGCGCGCCCGGGACGACUGCGAGCCCCUCAUGCUCCUCUACAACCACAGCUGGCCCGAGAGCCUGGCCUGCGACGACCUGCCCGUCUACGACCGCGGCGUGUGUAUCUCCCCCGAGGCCAUCGUCACCGAUCUGCCCGAAGAUGCAAAGUGGAUAGACAUGACCUCAGACAUGAUGGUGCAAGAGAGGCCUCUUGAUACUGACUGCAAGCUUCUAAACCCUGACCGAUGUAAAUGCAGAAAGGUGAAGCCCACCCUCACAACCUACAUGAGCAAGAACUACAGCUAUGUGAUUCAUGCCAAAAUCAAAGCAGUGCAAAGGACUGGCUGCCACGAAGUCACCACAGUCGUGGAUGUAAAGGAGAUUUUCAAGUCCUUGUCACCCAUUCCCCGGACUCAGGUGCCUCUUGUGACUAACUCUUCCUGUCAGUGUCCGCACAUCCUGCCCCACCAAGACGUUCUCAUCAUGUGCUAUGAAUGGCGUUCAAGAAUGAUGCUUCUUGAGAAUUGCCUGGUGGAAAAAUGGAGAGACCAGCUGGGGAAAAGGUUUAUACAGUGGGAAGAGAGACUACAAGAGCAGCUACGAACGACUUCGAAAGGAACUCCCGGACGGACCAGCCGCAGUGGCCCUCCCAAGGCCAAGGGAAAGCCCCCUGUUCCCCGGCCUGUGGGCCCUCAAAAGAGCAUCAAAGCCAGGAGCGCCCCCAAGCGACCAAAACCCCAGAGGGGGUGAGCCUUGCAGUUUCCUCCAUCAAAGACUUUCAGCCAUGACGGGGUCCCACGCCUCCUUCGGGUAUAUGCCCAAGACCAUACGCCCAGCACUAGAACCUGGGCAUGGCCUCAGUCCUCUGCAGAUUGUGUUUCCUAGCACUUUACUAUCCAAGGUUUGCUUUCUCAUGCUUAGCCACGCAAGCCAUAGCUCCAGGUCGGCACCUGCAUUGGUGCUUGAGGAGGGUUUGGGCAGAAGGGCAAAGCUUCUCAUCGCCAAAGCAGCCACGUAAAUAGUCUAUCAGUUUGCAUGUGAUGGCUGAGAGCACAGCAGAAGGGUGCUCCUGUCGCUGGGGAGGAUGGAGAGCAGACAACAGGAGGACAUUGCGGUUCCUAGUGAUGGUUCCAUAUGCGUAUGGUAUAAAAAUGCCUCAUGUGCCAAACUCUUGUUUGUAAAAUGCAUCUUACUUCAGGCUGCCUUCUACAGUUAGGGUUUUAACUGAAGUCUGUAAACAGGGCUGAUGAAUACUUGUUUGUAAAAGAAGCAAGAGCUAGGAAGGAACGAUACAGUAUUUCAGAGAGCUCUGUGAGAUGUGGUGGGUUGUUACUGUUUUCCGUGUGUAAUGAAGUUGUUCCACAAUUUUAAGAAUCGUGGAACUUCAGAAGGUCAGCCACCAUCUCAUCCAACCAAUAUGCAAAAAAAAAACCAUUAUAAUAUUGCUCAAAGAGCACCUCCAAUGAGGUGGGACCCCCCACUUCUUGAAGCAACCUUGCCUACAGUGGGAGAUCUCCAAAUAUUAUGUUUUAAGGGCACAGAGUAAGAUGGGAUAGUUUGAUAGGGAUAACCAGCCUGCCUUUCACAUCUAUUUCUGGCCCAAAAACUCAGAAAAGAGGCUAGAGCUCAUCUUGAGACAUCAGCAGGGAUGUUCUGGAUUGAAAUUCCACCUGCCACUGAGGUCCAGGGCUAUGGAUCUGUGCAGAGGUAGAGGGGACCCAAGGAAGUAAAUUUAAUUAAACAAAUGUUUAUCAAGCACCAAAUGUGUGUGGGUCCAUAAUUACCCAUGGCAUAGUGACUGGAGAAUUCAUCUCAGAGCCUAGAAGAUCUAGAUUCAACUAUCACUUAUGGCACCUAUUGGCUGGGAUUCCAGAUGAGCUAUUCAACUUUGUAAUGUUCUAGAUAAUACUCAAGAUUCUAGUCUUAGAGAAGAUACUGAUCUGAAUUGAUAGAGGGACCUCCUACCUGGAUAAAAUUAAAAAUCCAGAAAGAUCCAGAACAGAGGAAAAAAAAUAUGCUCAGCAGAGUGGUAGGCCCUAGAGCUACCAAGAGAGAAAUGAAAUCAUUCCUACCUCCAACGAGCUUACAUUCCCCUAUGAAUAGCAAGUAUUUUCUUGAAUAUCUCCAGUAGGUAAAGUUCCUGUUCCUUUCAUAUUCUUCCCUAAGUUAUAAGGGCUAGGCCAGCUCCCAUGAGGUUGGGUCCAGCUCUGUCCCGAGCCACUGUGAGCACCUCAAUAGACAAAAUCUGGCUACAAGGCAUUUGAAAAGAGGCUUUUCUUGUGUAUUGGUGAUUUGUAAUUAGAAGACUCGGGGUUCUGAGGCAGCCCCACAACAAUGAUAUAGAGUCCACACAAGAUCUUUGUAGCUUGAAAAACUCAAAGUAGCACCGAGAGUCUGCCUGGGGUUGCUCCACAUAACUGGCAGGAAGUAUUCUUAUUCCUUAUCCCCCCUCUCCCAGUAGAAAGGGAAAAGCUCUUAUUUUGUAGGACAAUCUUUUUAAAAAAAAAUAGUUUGUGACAGUGUCCAAAGUGGAAUUCGAACCUAUGAGCCCAAUGUGGUGAGCAUAGCUUUCAGUGAAAGUGGCUGAAGAGAGAGACCUUCUCCUUCUGAUCCUGAUAUACUUAAAGCAGGUUCUGGAGGACAGGGGAAGCCAUGAUCUGACCCUGCAGUGGAAAACUGAGUUUUUCAGUGAGGUGAAAGUAUGGCCACUUAUCAGAGGUAGUAGUGUAUCUUGUUUUUUGGACCAGAAUCUUUAGCUGGAAGAAACCCCCAUGGCCAUCUCCCCAUCCCAUAGCUAUAAAAGAAGCCCACUCGACCUACCAGCAAACGGGCAUUCAUCCAGCCUCUGCCUGCUAUUUCCCUGGCACAGCCAGCUCCCAUUAAGGAAAUGGUUGCCUUCUACCAGAGCAGACUGUCUGCUCUGCUGCCAUGGAGACUCCAUUGCCUGAGAAAUUAAGGGACUUUCCAGGACUUCAGAGCUAGUAUGUGUCACAGACGUCAGGGGUUGCUUCUUCAUCUGAUUGUUUUAAGGGAUCAGAGAACCACACAGCCAAUGUCUACCAGAGCUGGAGGCCCAGUCGUCCUGCUCCAAGUUCUGCCUUCUCUACCACACCAGGCGCUGCCUGGCAACAUAAUCAGAAUUGUAUAUUAUUGCUUAAAUAUUUUAUUCCUUUCUAUUCCUUCUGCUAAGGGGAGUUAGUGUUUGAAAGGGGACAAAUAAAGGGACAAAGAUGGGACUAGAUCUACUUGGGAUUUUGAUAUUUUUCUACCACACACACACACUACACCAAUGACAUAUCCCUUUAAGAGCUGCCUUUUCACCUCUCCUGGCUGAAGAAUCCAGAGAGGCAUUUUCC